UAAUUACCCACAAGUAGUUUCAUCCUAGUACAUAACGAAUUAUACGGUAUUUACCAUUAGAAAAAAAAAACAAACAAACAACAGUGCGUUUAAAUUUAUUUGUAGGUCCUAAAGAUUGAAAAAUUGCAAAAGCUAGCAUUUUAUUACUGCAUCUAAAAUUCAGUCUAAUUACUUUGACAGGUAGAAAAAGAAAUCAUCCUCUAAUAAAAUAAUAAUACAAUUUUUAUGUUACUAUUUUUUUAUCAUGCGUGUUAAUUAUUUUUAUUUCAAAGAUAAAAAUUGGAUUCCUGAUGGUUGGCCACACACACGAGGAUAUCGACCAAAUGUUCUCAUGCGUUUCCAAAUAUCUCAAGAAACACCGUACUGUUACACUUGACCAUCUCCAACAUGCUAUUGAAACAUCAUAUCAAAAGCUCACAAUAACCACUUCAGUCAUAACACACAUAUUCGAUAUCAAAGACUGGAUACAACCGUAUUUACAAGACAUCAGAUACCAUAGCAAACCUCAUCAAUUUAAAUUCACAGUCGACGACACAGGGAAAUGUAUAAUGAGGACAAAAAAUUGGUCGACAGACGAUAAAUGGGCUGAGUGUACCAAAGAGUUGGAUACGAGUCCAUAUUUACUGAAAGGUAUCCCAGCUACUGGUAGUCCAGAGUUAUGUUCCCCAAACUUCGAUAACGUAGAUUUACCAAAACUACAAAAAAGUAUAGUCUCUGUUAAGAAUUACUUAAGAACAGAGGAAAUGGAAUGGUGGAAGACAUUUUUGAACGGCAUUGAUGAAACAUUCAAUGGUAUGUAAGAACAUGAAUAACUGCAUUGUUGAUUCCCCUGCACA